GACCCCGCUCCGUGACGUAACUCGCAGCCGCCGCGAGAAGUUUUUGAAAAUAAACGUGAUACUUUUUUUUUGCUUCAUAUUUCCUUAAAGCGUUUCUCUUUUUCUCUCCGUUAAAACAACAACUAAAUAAAACAGUGUGCAGAGUUCCUCCAGCCGGCUGCGCGGAGGAGAAGCCGCAGGAGACGACGACGCAGCGGCUCUUCGGGCCUUGAUGUCUUCCCCAGAAGGAGAGCAGCCUGCGGCUGCGCUCCCUGAGGCCGUGUCGGUGGACUCGAAGGCGGACCUCGUCGUGCUGCUCGGCGAAUGGGAGGAGGCGCAGCAAGGGACCACGGAGCAGCUGGUGUCCAUCCUCACAAAAAUCUCUGAGCUGAUUGAGCGGGAGACGGGAGAAUACCACAAACGGGAUCCCGAUCCGUUUGACGACCGUCAUCCAGGACGAGCAGACCCAGACUGCAUGCUUGGACAGCUCCUGAAGAUGCUCUUCAUGAAUGACGACUUCACUAAUGCGCUGAUGGACACGUACAUCAUGACCAGCGGGGAGCUGAGCCUCAACACCGGCGCCUGCCGCCUGCUGCAGAACAUCGUGCCGGGCCUGGAGACCGCCAUGGUCUUCCAGGAGAAGGAAGGUCUGGUGGAGAAAUUGUUCAGCUGGGCGCGGGAGGCGAAGCCGCCGCUGUGCGUCUUCGCCACGGGUCUAUUGGCCCGAGCCAUGAGCAACCAGGAAGUAGCAGCGAGCCACCGGGAGGAGAACGCUCAGCUGGUGCCGAUCAUGAUCCGCCGUCUUCACGAGCUGCAGAGCGAAGAGGCCAAGACGCCCCGGGACCUGACGGAGGUCGCCCACGUCUCCGGGAUGGAGGGGGUGGAGUCGGGAGGGGAGGAGGGGAGAGGGAGCAGCAGGAUGGGGUCGAAGGUCAACGCUCCGAUGCGUCCGGCCCAGAAAAACUGCUCGACAAGGCUCCUCCCUGACUUUGUUUACCAAGCACGGUCGUCCAGGGAGACGGAGGACAGGCAGGAGGGAGGAGGAGGAGGAGGAGGAGGAGGGAGGAGACGGGCGGUGAUGGAGUACGGGAGGAAGGCGAAGCAGAAGCUCAAGUACUCCUCAUCCUCCUGCAGGAAAGGGGAGAAGCAGGAGAAGGAGAAGGAAAAGCAGCAGGAGGACGACGACGACGGGGACAAUGAUGAUGACGAAGACAAAGAAGAAGAAGAAGAAGAAGAAGAAGGGGAGAGGUGCGACUCCAGCGACCUGCUGGCUGGCAGCAGCUCCUGGUCUGAGAUGAGCUCGAUGGUGAUUGGCUCAGACUAUUGCCUGUCGCCGCUGAGCCCGCCCACCGAGCAGAGGCUCAUCCUGCAGUAUCUGACGCCGCUGGGAGAAUACCAGGAGCUGCUCGCUGUCUUCAUGCAGCUGGACACUCGUUCUCUGCUGAUGAACUACAUCAACCUCCGGAGGACCAACAAAGUGCAGCUUACCUUUGACGCCCUCCUGUAUUUGGCGUCGCUGCUCCUCCAUAAGAAGUUUGCUGCAGAGUUCAUUGCUCACGGAGGCGUUCAGCGGCUCCUCGACAUCCCGAGGCCUUCGAUGGCGGCGACCGGGGUGUCGCUCUGCCUCUACUACCUGGCUUACAACCAGGACGCCCUGGAGCGGGUGUGCACGCUGCCGGGCGGCGUGCUCUCCGACGUGGUCUCCUACGCCCUCUGGCUGCUGGAGUCCUCGCACGCUUCGGGCGUCUGCCACGCCACCAUGUUCUUCUCCAUCGCCUUCUCCUUCAGGGCCGUCCUGCAGCUCUUCGACCGGCAGGACGGCCUGCGCCGCCUCGUCAACCUGGUGAGCACGCUGGAGAUCCUGAAGACGCAGAGCGAGGCGGCCGUGAUGAGUGAUGACCAGGUGUUUGCCAACCGGCAGACAGCCAAGCACACCUGCAUGGCGCUGCGCAGGUACUUUGAGGCUCACCUGGCGGUGAAGGCCGAGCAGGUGAAGCAGUCUCUGCACACGUCGGACGAAGGCACCGUGGUCCCCCAGCAGCCCUUCUACAAGGCCUACACCUACACCAGGGAGCAGGUCAUCGAGAUGAUGGAGUUCCUCAUCGAGUGCGGACCUCCUCAGCUGCACUGGGAGCCGGUGGAGGUCUUCUACAGGUUGUCCUGUGUGCCCCUGAUGCUGCAGCUCAUCUCGGCCGCCUGCGACUGGAGGACCUACUACGGCAGGAGCGACACGGUGCGCUACGUCCUGGACAUCAUGGCCAUGCUGGUGGUGGUCCCGAAGGUCCAGCUGGUGCUGGCGGAAACCGUGGAGGUCCUGGAUGAAACCAGGUCGGCUGUAUCCACCGUGGGUAUGAGCAUCGUUCUGGGCGUCGUCGAGGGCGAGGUGUUCGUCAACGACGCAGAGAUCCAGAAGUCUGCGCUACAAGUGAUAAAUAACUGCGUAUGCGCUCCGGAUCAGAGCCUGAACACGGCGGGCGCGUUCGCAGUCGCCCCCCUCAGGCCGUUGCUCCACCCCCAGCAGCCCCCGACGCCCCCCCACAACAGAGUGCUGGCCCACAUGUGGCAAACGGUGCAGAACAACAACGGCAUAAAGGUGCUGCUGUCCCUGCUCACGGUGAAGAUGCCCAUCACGGAUGCAGACCUGAUCCGCGCUCUGGCCUGCAAGGCUCUGGUGGGUCUCUCUCGCAGCGGCGCCGUCCGUCAGAUCAUCAGCAAGCUGCCGCUGUUCACCAGCUGCCACAUCCAGCAGCUGAUGAAGGAGCCGGUGCUGCAGGACAAGCGCAGCGAGCACGUGCGCUUCUGCCGCUACGCGGCCGAGCUGACGGAGCGCGUGUCGGGGAAGCCGCUGCUGAUGGGCGUCGACGUGUCGCUGGCUCGCCUGCAGCGGGCCAACGUCGUCGCCCAGUCGCGCAUCACCUUCUCCGGCAGGGAGCUGCUGCUGCUCAUCCGCAACCACCUGCUGGCCAAAGGCCUGCACGACACGGCCGGCGCGCUGGUCCGGGAGGCCAACCUGUCGGGGGGGGCGCUGUGCCCCAGCUCCUCGUCCUGCGUCACCCCCCCGCUGCUCCUCUCCUCCUCCUCCUCCUCCUUCCCCGCCGUGAUCCCCAGGUCGUGCCGGUUGGCCGGAGGCAUCGCGGCUCGCGUCGCCGCCCACACAGGAUCGUCUCCCGUCUCCUCCUCCUCCCGCUCCCUCGCCGCUCCUCACCCCGCGUGCUCCUCCUCUUCCACCUCUGCCACCCCCCUGCCUUCUCCUCCCCCCCCUCCUCCUUCUCUCCCUCACGGUCAAGCCUUGCAUCCUGUGGGGCGUAUUCUGUUCACGCGGGAGCGCCAGGCGGCGCCGUGCAGCUCGGGGAAGAAGCUGCGGGCGCUGAAGCAGAAGUCGGACCACGGGGCUUUCAUACAGACUCCCGCCAUGAAGAAGCAGCCGGAGCGCCACCUCCCGUCCCCCCCGACCCUCGACAGCAUCAUCACCGAGUACCUGAGGGAGCAACACGCCCGCUGCCCCAACCCCGUCACCACCUGCCCCCCCUUCUCCCUGUUCGCCCCCCACCGCUGCCCCGAGCCCAAGCAGAGGAGGCAGGCGUCCCCCAACUUCAGCGCCCGCCUGGGGAGCCGAGUCCUGUACCCGCGGUACGGGGGGGUGGACCGAGGCUGCCUGGACCGACACCUGAUCUUCAGCAGGUUCCGUCCGAUGUCGAUCUUCCACGAAGGCGACGGGGACGAAAGCGGCUUCACCUGCUGCGCCUUCUCCGCCCGGGAGCGCUUCCUGAUGCUGGGAACCUGCUCGGGUCACCUCAAGUUCUACAACGUCUUCUCCGGGGACGAGGAGGCCAAGUACACCUGCCACUCGUCGGCCAUCACUCACCUGGAGCCCUCCAGGGAUGGGAAGCUGCUGCUCACCUCGGCCUCAUGGAGCGCCCCCCUGUCGGCCCUCUGGAGUAUGGACGGCGUCUUCAGCCUGAAGAACUCGUUUGUGAACGACCACCACGUGGAGUUCAGCAAACACAGCCAGGACCGGGUCAUCGGCACCGAGGACCAGGUGGCACACAUCUACGACAUCCAGACGGGUCAGAAGACGGUGACCUUGAACGACCCCGCCCUGGCCAACAACUACAAGAGGAACUGCGCCACCUUCAACCCCACCGACGACCUGGUGCUGAACGACGGGGUGCUGUGGGACGUGAGGGAGGCCGGCGCCAUCCACAAGUUUGACAAGUUCAACAUGAACAUCAGCGGCGUCUUCCACCCCAACGGCCUGGAGGUCAUCGUCAACACGGAGGUCUGGGACCUGAGGACCUUCCACCUGCUGCACACGGUGCCAGCUCUGGACCAGUGCCGACUGGUCUUCAACAGCAACGCCACCAUCAUGUACGGAGCCAUGCUGCAGCCUGAUGACGAAGGCGAGGCCAUGGACCAGCAGAUGAAGAGCCCCUUCGGCUCGUCCUUCAGAACCUUCGACGCCACGGACUACAAACCCAUCGCCACAGUGGACGUGAAGAGGAACAUCUUCGACCUGUGCACCGACUCUAAAGACUGCUACCUGGCCGUCAUCGAGAACCAGGACACCGUGAGCCUGGACACCGUGUGUCGUCUCUACGAAGUCGGGAGACAGAAACUGGCCGAAGAGGGAGACGACGACGAUCAGGAUGAAGACCAGGACGACGACGAUGACGACUCCUCGGACACGGAUGAUGAUGAUGAUGAUGAUGAGGAUAUGGACCUCGACCCGCUCUUAGAGGAGCUCGCCAAUAACAGCGACCCGGAGAACGAGGACGGACCGAACUCUUCUUCGAAUGAAGAGAUAGCAGAUCUUCUCGGCAGCAACAGUGGCGACGACGACACGGACCAAUCGGACGGGAGCGACGAUCAAUCCGACUUAUUGGACUGGGAGGACUACCUCUCACAGCACUCGGAUGAUGAACCGGACCCUUCAGGACCUCGGUGACUGGUCCUCCUGACGGAGACGAGAUCCUCUUUUAAAAACGCACCCUGAAGUCCUGGAGGAGGAGAACGAGGGACGCUGAUGAUCAAUAAAUGUUUCCCAAAGAUGUUUCAGGAGAAUCAGUCAUGUUUACACAUCUCUGUAGAUGUGUGUCUAUAGAUACAGGACCAGAGACACGUGUUUAUAGCCCCCCCCCCCCCGUCCCACCGGCUGUCACUCAGGUUUAACCCAGAAUCACCUUUUUGAGCCAUAACUGUUUUCUAUAAAUAUGUGAAGCUGGACAGCAGAACGCUGAGGUCAGCUGAUGACUUCUUUGUGAAUAAAGAGUGAUCCUGCUUUGGUGUGUAGUCACUUUAACAACUAGAGGUCAGUGUUGCAUCAUGGGUAGUAUUGACAGUACUGGAGUAUUCCUAGCAUGUACUUCCUUGUACACACGUUCAACAUGAGGCGACUCAUUAAAGUACUCAA